CACUCCUCCUAUCCACUCGACCCGCUCCUCGUCUCCACUCGACCUGCUCCUCCUCUCCAUCGACGGCGACAACCUCCCCCACCGCCGCCACCGACUCCUUCCUCUCCCACCGCUGCCGACUCCUUCCUCUAUCUCCUGAGGAGCUCCAGGCCUAAUUAUCCCUUGGAAGAGAAGUGAGAUGGCUGGCUUGGAAGGUUUCGAGUUCUUCGAGAUCGUAAUUGAGAAAUCUUGCAGUAGGAUGAGGCUGCUUGACAAGUUUGCGAAGAUGCUCGCCGGCCGUGAGUCCCACAAAGUGAAGCUGCGGGAGGCCAGCAGCGGGCUUUGCAGGCUGUGGGACGUGUUGGUGGUGUUCGAUGGUGAAGGACACAUGUACCUAGGGCCCGGCUGGGAGCAGUUCGCCCGCGCCCAUGAGCUACAGCUCAGGCACUUCCUUGUCUUCCGCUACGACAGCGAUGCCAUGUUCACCGUGAAGAUGUUCGACAACACCAUGUGCCGCAUGUACUACCAGCACGACGACGAUGCCAGCAAUGGGAGCAGCAGCGGGGAUGACGAGGAGCAGAGCGGGGAUGACGAGGAGCAGAGCGGGGAUGCCGAGGAGCAGCCUAUUCGGGCUAACGACGACCCUGCUAUGGUGGUGGCGGAUGACGACCUUGCUAUGGUGGUGGCUGACGACGACCCUGCUAUGGUGGUGGCGGACGAUGACCCUGCUAUGGUGGUGGCUGACGACGACCUCGCGAUUGUGGUGCCUAAGAUGACCUCGCAAUAGUGGUGCCUCACAAUGACCUCGUGAUGGUGGUGGCGCCUGUAAUCCCACAGCUUGGCGACAGGACCAUGCCAAUUGUGGUAGAGGAGUACAUCCGCGUUGGGAUUCGCCACUCUGAGCGCAUCAGGUUGAUGAAGGAGAAGAAGGAGGAGUGAAGAUGUUAAGAAAUGAAGUGGCAAUGUUAAGCAUGUUAGGUUUAUGCUUGUUAGUGUAAUCUGAACAUGUCAAUGUUAAGUAUGUCAGGUUUAAUUUUGUGCAUGGAUCAUGGAUGCAGUAUGACAGUGCCAUCUAAACAUGUCAAUUUCUUAAUUAUGAAUAUUCAGUUUGGUAA